AUGCAGUUCCUUUGGAAGGGUCAAGUUAAUAGCAGAGGUCUUUCUCUUGUUAAUUGGAGGACCGUGGUCACUCCAAAGAAAUUUGGUGGACUGGGUGUUAGAGAUCCUGCGUGUGACAAGCCUUGGGUUGUUCUAUUGAGGUUGAAGUAUCUGAGGAAUGAGAGAAUUUUAGAUGGCCCUAUCCCUUGCAACGCUUCUCAUGUUUGGAAGAGUAUCUCAAAGGCUUUUGAUGGUCAAUGGAAUCUCCAUGAUGUUUUCUCUAACAUUUCAGAAGAUGUCAAACAGCAUUUGAAUGCUUAUAAUCCGGAUUUGGAUGCUGGAGAGAGUUCGGGUUGGUCGUGGGGUGUGGUAUCUUCUAGACUCUACUCAGUUAGGAGUGGGUACAGUUGGCUAACCAAAAGAAAGUUUGACUGGAAUGAGCGUGAUAAUUGGUUGUGGGUAUGGCGACUGCAUAUUCCUAAGAAGUACAAGUUCUUGAUUUGGCUCAGUCUUCAUAACGCUAUUCCUACGGCAAAGUUUCGUUUGAGUCGUGGCUUAACUUUAUCUAGCACUUGUCAUCGGUGUCAAAAUGGUUUUGAAUCCAUUCUUCAUUGUCUUCAUGAGUGCCCUAGUGCCAAGGAGGUCUGGAACCUUUUAGGCCUGUAUUCAGAUAACUCGGAUUUACGUGAUUGGCUCUACAGAGGUACAAGGAGUGGAGAUGUUUUUCUUUUCUUUUCGACCAUCUGGUUUCUUUGGAGAAGCAGGAAUCAUAACUUAUUUAAUACAGAUGACUCUUGGAGUGCUAGUAAAGUGGUGAGUUUGAUUCGUAGUUCAGUAAGGGAGUUCCACCCUAUUUUUGCUAUGCAUCAAUCUUUGUCUCCUCCUUCGCUUUGUUUGCAUUGGGUUCCACCUCCAAUUCAUUCUGUUAAAUUGAAUUGCGAUGCUAGUUAUUUUGCUCCUUUUGGCUAUGCUGGUUUUGAUUGUAUCAUUCGCAAUUCUGAUGGAUGUUGGUUGAAAGGUUGUACUGGAAAAAUUGAAGUGUGCAGUAUUUUUUUGCUGAAUUGUAUGCGAUUUGGAGAGGUUUAUUUCUAG